GUACCAGCACCUUGGUUGCUAAGCAACUUAGUAACUAAAUUUUGUAAACAAAAAUAAAAUUCUCUCCUAACUGGAAAAAACAUAAAAUCGUUCUUAAUACAAAAAGAAACUUGUUUGAAGCCAUUUCUCAUGUACCGAAGUUGGAAAAAGCUAAAAUAAUGCGUGGUGUGCUGAAAUGGGUGCAAAAGAUUGAAUUUCCCCACAUAAAAGAUGACCAAGUCAGCGUACACUCUCUUUGUUAUCAUCCGGAAGGCAAGCAACUAGUGGUUGCAGCCGGUGAACGAGUGCUUAUUUAUGACACCGAUGGAACCUUAUUGAAUACGCUUAAAGCGCACAAGGAUGUGGUUAAUUGUGUUGCUUACGCUCGCGAUGGUAAAAAGUUUGCUAGUGGUGCAGUAGACAAAACAGUAAUUGUGUGGACACCGCAACUGGAGGGUUUGCUAAAAUAUUCGCAUAAUGAUUCUGUACAAUGCAUGGCUUUUAAUCCGGUCUCACACCAAUUGGCGUCUUGCUCUCACAGUGACUUCGCUUUUUGGUCUGCGGAUCAGAAAGCGGUCCAAAAGUAUAAGAUCUCAACUCGCGUCAAUUCCUGUUCGUGGACGAAUGAUGGACAGUAUUUGAUACUUGGAUUAGCUAACGGCAGUAUUUCCAUACGAAGCAAACUCGGUGAGGAAAAAGGCCGCUUUGAUCGUCCAGGUGGUUCUAGUAGCAAUGUCUUCAGUUUACAAUGUUGUCCUAUGACCAGUACUGAUGUCAUUGGUGUAGCUGAUUGGGGUCAAACACUGUCAUUUCAUACACUCAGCGGUCAAAUGAUUGGAAAGGAACGUGCACUUGGUUUCGACCCGCUUUGCUUAACAUAUUUUCCUAAUGGAGAAUAUUGCAUAGUGAGUGGCUGUUCGGAUUCACUGCAUUUAUUUACUAAGGAAGGUGUCCGGUUGGGCAUACUCGGCGAAGGCUUUAAGUCUUGGAUUUGGUCUGUUGCUAUACACCCGAAUGGACAGUCCUACACAAUUGGAUGUCAAAAUGGCACAGUCGCAUGCUUUAAUAUCGUUUCUAGCACAGUACACGCUUUAUACCGCGAGCGUUAUGCAUUUCGUGAAAACAUGUGUGAUGUUAUUAUACAGCAUCUGAUAUCAGGACAAAAAGUGCGCAUCAAGUGCCGUGAUUUAGUACAGAAAAUAGCUAUCUACAGGAAUCGCUUAGCGGUGCAAUUGCCCGAGCGGGUAGUUUUAUACGAAUUGAGCUCCGGCGAGGAACAACCGAUGCAUUACAAAGUUAAAGAAAAAAUACAGAAGAAAUUCGAUUGCAGUCUAUUAGUGGUGUGUGCACGUCACAUAGUCCUAUGUCAAGAAAAGCGUCUCCAAUGCUUAGACUUCAACGGCAUACUGCAACGGGAUUGGAUAAUGGAUUCUUUCAUUCGCUAUAUAAAGGUAUCUGGCGGACCAGCAGGUCGAGAAGGACUACUUGUCGGUCUCAAGAGUGGGCAGGUAUUUCGUAUAUUUUUGGACAACUCGCUGCCACUUAUGAUCACAAGCGUUGUGUCAGCCGUGCGUUGCUUAGAUAUAAAUGCGAAUCGAACUAAAAUUGCCGUUGUGGAUGACACCGGUCGUUUAGUCGUUCGGGAUAUCGUGACCGAUACUCUACUCUACCAGGACACUGGUGUGAACUCAGUAACUUGGAAUACACACCUAGAUUCGAUGCUUUGCUACACGCACACUAUUGGUGGCCUGAGCAUUCGAGUUGGCAGCCUACCACCACGAGGACCACAGAAUAUGUUAGGUGUAGUUGUGGGUCUUUGUGGCGCUACAGCUUUCUGUUUACGUGGCAACGUUAUGCAUAACAUACCACUAGCUCUGGGCGCAACAAUGUGGCAAUUCGUGGAAGCGGGUCUUUUUGAUGAGGCCUAUCAGGUUGCCUGUCUAGGUGUGACCACAGCCGAUUGGGAGGGUCUUGCGCAAUCAGCAUUAGAAGCGUUGCAUCUGAAUAUAGCCCGCGACGCAUAUGUAAAAGUGCGUAAUCUUCCUUGGUUACAGUUUAUUGAUGAGUUAUGCGAAAAGCAGAAACGCGGCGAAGUACCAAAAGAGGUGCUGCAGGGUGAAAGCAGUGCAUAUGCGGGAAAAUAUAAGGAAGCUGCACGUCUUUUUCAAAAAUGUAAUCAGCCUAUGCGUGCCCUGGAAAUGUAUACAGAUUUGCGUAUGUUCGAUUUGGCUCAAGAAUUCAUUAAGGACGGCUCCGAUGAAGCCAAACGUGAGUUGGUGAAAAAACGUGCCGAGUGGGCGUACUCUGUGAAGGAACCGCGCGCUGCUGCCGAACUCUUAUUAUCAGCCGGAGAACAUCAACGGGCUAUUGAUAUUGUUGCAGAGCAGGGUUGGGCAGAUAUUUUAUACGAUAUCGGUCGCCGUCUAAGUUUGAGCGAGAGAACUCCUUUGGAAUCGGUUGCAUUCAAUUUAAAGCAGUUAAAAGCAUUACCGUUGGCUGCGGAAAUUUUUAAGAAGUUGGGCGAUGAGGCACAAGUUAUACAAUUGCAUGUUGAAGCACGUGACUGGACUGAGGCUUUCAGGCUGGCUGAGAAUAUACCUGAAAUGUUGCCAACUGUUAACUACCAACAUGCUCAGUGGCUUGCGGAAUCAGAUAAAUUUAUUGAAGCUCAUGAAGCUUACUUGAAGGCGGGUCGUUUGAAGGAUGCUAAUCGUUUGCUAAAGCAGCUAAGCACAUCGGCUAUCGAGGAGGAACGUUUUCUAGAUGCCAGCUACUUUUAUUGGUUGCUAUCCAAGCAAUAUCUAGACAUCUAUUAUAAGAAAGACGAACAAACGCCUACCGACCACCACUUUAAGGAGUAUCAGAGUCAUUUGCGCAUUGCUAAAGUUUACUAUGCAUACAGCAUUAUAUUUAAUUAUAUGAAGGAACCGUUUACAACAUAUUCGCCAGUUAGUUUAUUCAAUGUGAGUCGUUUUAUAUUGAACGAGGUGGAGUAUAAAGGCACACCGAAGGGAGUUAGCUUAUUCGCUGUACUAUUUACGUUGGCAAAACAGGCCAAAUUACUGCAGGCUAACAAAUUGUGUUUAGUUGUAAACAAGCGUUUGCAAUCGCUUAAACCACCGGCCGGCGUACAAGAGCAGAUCGAUAUAAACUAUCUGAAUAGUAAGGCCUGCAAAAGCGGUUUCAAUGAUCCGGAGGAACUGCUGCCACUCUGUUAUAAAUGCUCAAAUUACAGUCAACACUUAAACGGCAAUAACUGUCCGACCUGCAAGCAGGAUUACAUUUUUUCUUUUAUUUCUUUUGAAAUUUUACCAUUAGUGCAAUUUCAUCCAGAGGUUGAUAUAAAUGAUGCCGAGGCUGAACGGCUGCUACUUGCUCCACCAAAACCUGCUGAGGAAGGUGAUCCUUUUAGCGAAGAUGUUGCUAGCGCUUUACCGUUAAGUCUGGAUCGCAAUGCAUUGCGCGGGAUCGACCCAAGUCACAUUUUAAUAGUUAAACGUCGUGAAAAAAAUCUGAAAAAUAUAUACUAUCGUAAUAUAUUACCAGACCUCCAAGUAACAUUUUGUCCGGAAUGUUUAUUGGUAUUUUAUUCGGAGGACUUUGAGUUACAGGUAUUACAAAAAGGCUAUUGUCCUUUCUGUCGUACAACAUCAGAGAAAUUAUUUGAUGAAUAUUUGUAAAGUGCCUUCAGAAACCAAUGUUUAAUAAAUAUAAAUAAUUUCUAAAGAUAAUAA